AUGAGCAGCACGCACACGCCUCAGCAGCCCUCGCCGUUUGACCGCCUCCCCAACGAGCUCCUCGUCAAGAUGCUCCUCCACCUCCCGCCGCCGAACAUCUCGCUCGACGACGACCCGCCGCUCGUCGAGAACGAUUUCUUCGACGUCAACCUCGUCUCGAUGCGCUUCGACGCGUUUAGCCGCAACCUCAUGUGGCAGCGCUCCAUCGUCGACGCAGAGUCGACACCGGAUGGCUUGUUGCGAGCCAUCGCCGUCGUCGCCAAGUGGCCGGCCAUAGCGCAUCUCGGCCUGGAGCUCCGUCUGGGCAACGGCCUACGGCCGCCGCGAGAUUGGGCGGUCGUCCUGCCCGGCACGGCCCGGCUCGUCGCCGAGGGUUUCAACCGCCUCGACCUCGUCGACCUCGCUCGCUUUCACAACCUACGCCACGUGACGCUCCACGAUUGCGAGCUCGACCUGUCGUCGGCGGGCACCGUCUUCCCGCACCUCAAGUCGCUGCGCCUUUCCGCCGUCGAGGUCACAGGCGCAUCACCAAGCGCUCCCGUUCGGACAUUCCCCGUCCUGCGUCACCUCGCCGUUGUGGAUGCCUGCAGGCCCCACAUCUCUUCGUUCGAGCCCGUCUUCAACCACCCCCUCCUCGCUCGCCUCGACAGCCUCGAAGUGUCGGUCAGAACCUGGCAUUACCGUGGCCGCGACAGAUUGUUCCCUCUCGACGACCCCCCUUCCUCCCGGCCCAUCCUUUGGCGCAUCCUCGUCAGCCUCGCCGACCACCUGCACAACGGCGACAACAUGCUUUCAACGUCGUCCGUCCCGUUCGGCCAACACCUCCUCCUUAAGUACAGCCACGACUCGGGCUCAGGAGUACCCAUCUCGGUGCACUCGGAGCGGCUCUACGUCGAGCUCCGUCGGGUCGUCGCCCUGCACGAGCCCUCCCGCCUGCGCCUCGUCCUCGUCGCGGGCGCGGAGUGGCGCAGGGCCGAGGCGACGCUGCCCGAGCUCGCCGCCAUCAAGGCCCUCGAGCAGGACUGCGAGCGGCGCGGCAUCGUGCUCCGGUCGUGCGAACGGCCAUGGGUCGAGGACGACCCCGUUCCCGAGUUUCUCGAGUUUCUGCGCGAGGAGAAGGCGGCGAGGGCACGAUCGUGA